AAGAUAAUUUUGAAAGACAGAUGUUAGUGAUAGUUCUGUUAUGUGACACCAUGCAGAGCUAAGACCAAGCUGAAUAGGGAAGUACUGGUUAUGACUUCUGGGUGAUACAAAAUUCCAUUUCUGUGGUCUUCUCUCAGCACUUUGUGUUGCAUUUCCUGAUCAAGCUCUGUUUUGUUUUUAGGAUCAAAGCUUUGUGUUUAAAAUGGAAGUUGAUGUGAAUGGAGAGUCCAGAACUGCCCUCUCUGCCCUGAAUGUGCCUCUUGGAGAGAUGAGUUCGGCAGCCAGGAUGGAAGCAGAAAAGCCACGCUGUUCCAGCACCCCGUGCUCACCACUGCGGCGGACAGUUGCAGGAUAUCAGAUCCUUCACAUGGAUUCUAACUACCUGGUUGGCUUCACAACUGGAGAGGAGCUGCUAAAAUUAGCCCAUAAGUGUACGGGAAGUGAAGAGAACAAAGGAGAAUCUGGUCCUAACUUGGGCUCCAAACAUCUUGAUUCAGGACUGCCACGUUCUUCGCGUUUGUACAAAACUAGAAGUACGUACUACCAGCCAUAUGAGAUCCCAGCAGUAAAUGGAAGGAGGAGGAGACGGAUGCCCAGCUCAGGGGAUAAAUACAAUAAAACUUUACCAUAUGAACCUUAUAAGGCACUUCGUGGUGCCCUGCCUCUCUGCCUUUUGAAGGGUAAAAGGGCUCAUUCAAAAUCCCUGGACUACCUCAAUUUAGACAAAAUGAGCAUUAAGGAACCUGCUGACACAGAAGUGCUACAAUACCAACUCCAACACCUUACACUUAGAGGGGAUCUUAUGUUAGCAAGGAAUAGCACAUGAACUGUCAUCUCAAAUUUAGAAAUGGUUUCUGAUAUUUUCUCUGUUGCUGCAAAAAUCCACUGUUUUGCUGUAUACAUGACUGUUCACUUUGUAGGUGAUCUUAUCAGCUCAGUGUUACCAGAAAGUGAUUUAUUUGAAUACAGUCUUGGGAGUGCAAUGUUCUACAAAUACUUGGAGAGAGAAGCCUUUCCUGAUGAAGCAGCUUCUGAUGCAGAUUUGACUGCAACUAGUAGAUAUUUCUUCAGACACAUUUUAACAAAAAAAAAAGGCGCUUUUGAUUUUGGGAUUUUUUUUUUUCUGUACUACUACAUCUACUAUUUACAGUAGUUCAACACUGAAAAAUUGAUGAUGUCUGCUUGGUUCUUGCUAAUUUUGGCUUGUUGUUAGAAACUGCUCUUGGAUAAGUACUCAAGGAGUCUUUUUGGGUUUACUUUUCUUUCUGUAGUAAAAUGCAUGGGUUUUUCUUACAACAUGGACAGGAAAGUGAGCUUGACUGGAUUAAUCACUUGCUAUUUAAACAAUUAAUACAUUUUGAGAAUGAGCUUGUACUGGUGAUGUGGGUGAGUUUCGUUUGUAAAAGAAAACUUUGCUACUUGACUUCUAUUAAAUUAUUUUUUUUAGUUUCUGCAGGGAAAUAAUUGCUUUGUCCUUUUUAUUCUAUAAAACAUGUUCAGAAUAAAUAUUUCA